UCUUGAUAGGUGGCGGCACAAGGACUAUGAACAGUUCAUACACGACAUUCCAAGUUGAAUCGGAGUAGCCAAACUUUUGGCUGAGUACUUUUGUAAGAUUUUAGCAUUCUCCAUUAUUUGGAUAAAUUAGUGACAUUGUAUAAAAAUUUGUACUGUAUUAUAAGGAUGUCCAAUCGGGAAGGUGGCAAGAAAAAGCCCCUGAAGGCACCUAAAAAGGAACAGAGAGAAAUGGAUGACCAGGACGUAGCGUUUAAACAAAAGCAGAAGGAACAACAGAAAGCACUUGCCGAAGCUGCGAAAAAAGCAAGUCAAAGAGGACCCCUCGUUACGGGUGGUAUAAAAAAAUCUGGAAAAAAAUGAUCCACCACAUAAGACUGAAGAAACUUUCAAUCUUCGUGCGCACCAUGUUCUUAUCGAGGCAUGAUUUUGAUAUUAUCGAUUAGUAUACUAUCCGAAAUAUUCUUUCGGAUUCUCUAUUCUGAUAAAUGGUUAACAUUUGUAAAUAAAACGUUUAUGGAUUAAAUCACAGCAAUAUACGCAA